AAGGCAGGAACAAAGCGAGGACAGGCCAGGACAAGCAUAGCCAAUUUCUAGUUUUCCUUUUCCAUCUCACAGCAGCAAGCAGGAUUCAGCAGCGGAGGCGCGCCUCUGGAAUGAAUGGUGGGGGGCGUUCUGGUGGAGCACCGAACCUUUUCUAGAGCUGCUUGCUGCUAGGUGGAGGAGGCUGGCUAACACCGAGCUAGGAGGAAGAGAGGGAGGGGAAGACUCUCUUUUCAUGAGCAGAAGGGAGGCACACGAUUACCAGUUCUGAAGGAGGCUUUACCUGUAUGGAAGACGGAAGAGGCGCCCAGCCCAGCAUCUCCAUGGCGCGCACCACGUCAUCCGAGGGUGCUGCGGUUGACUUGGAUCUCCUGGAGCAGCUGCUCUCCGGUGACAACGGCUGGCUUGAAGUGGCGACCAACGCUUCGCGCUCGUCCAACUACUUUGCUUCUCCUUCCACCUUCCUCUCAGAUGCCACUGCCACCACCACCACCAUGCCGCCGACAAGUGCAAAUAACACCUGGAUGCACCCAAGCUCGACCUUCCGGCAACGGCUUGACCAAGCACUAGCAUUCAUCAAGGAGACGCAAAGAGACACCGAUGUGCUCGUGCAGCUGUGGUUGCCUGUCAAAGGCAACGAUGGGCAGCUGGUGUUGUCAACGACCGGGCAGCCGUUCUCUCUUGACAAGAGCUCUGAGAGCCUCAGACGGUUCAGGGAUGUGUCUACACGAUACACGUUCUCUGCAGAUGUCGCGUCGGAGUCCUCGCCGGUGCCGGUGGGGCUCCCAGGGAGGGUAUUCAUUGGCAAGCUCCCCGAGUGGUCUCCUGAUGUUCGCUACUUCACCAGAUAUGAAUACCCCCGGGUGAACGAUGCCCAGUCCUUGAACGUCCAUGGGACGAUGGGUCUUCCAGUGUUCGAGCAGGGGAACUACACGUGCUUGGGUGUUAUGGAAUUGAUCAUGACUAAACAGAAGCUCAACUUCACAUCUGAGAUCAACAACAUCUGCUGUGCUCUCCAGGCAGUUAAUCUGAGAAGCACAGAAGUUUCAAGCAUUCCACGUGCAAAGCUCAACAGUGCUUCCUACAGAGAUGCUCUGCCAGAGAUACUGGAAGUCCUAAGAGCAGCCUGCAUCACUCACAGGCUCCCAUUAGCUCAGACCUGGGUCACAUGUGCUCAGCAAGAGAAGGGGGGCAGCCGCCACUCCGAUGAAAACUACAGGUACUGCAUCUCCACCAUUGACGCGGCAUCCUACGUCAAUGAUCCGAAGAUGCAGAACUUCCAUGACGCCUGCUCUGACCACCACCUUCUGCGUGGGCAAGGGGUUGCAGGGAAAGCCUUCACCACAAACCAGCCAUGCUUCCUACCAGACAUUGGAUCUUCAACAAAACUGGAAUACCCAUUGUCUCACCAUGCGAAGAUCUUCAACUUAAAAGGUGCAGUGGCAAUCCGAUUGAGGUGCACACGCACCGGGACAGCGGACUUCGUGCUGGAAUUCUUUCUGCCAACUGAGUGUGAAGCACUUGAGGAGCAGAAGGCAGUACUGGACUCCUUGUCGGGCACCAUGCGCAAUGCUUGCCAAACUCUACGCGUGGUUACAGACAAGGAGAUGGAGGAUGAGGCAAUGCUUGAAAUGAAUGAGCUGAACUCGUUUAGUCCCCAGGGGAAGAACAAAGUUGAGUUGUCCUUUGGAGACAAAGCAACAGAACAUAGAGAGGAUGCAUCUUGGACAAGUCUAGCAGGGUAUUCACAGAAAGAAUCAGAUUUAGCUGAACAAAGUAUCCAUGGAGGGCAGAGUUCGUCUUUAGCUGGCAUUCAGACAUCAGCAGAAGGCAGCAAAGGAAAAAGGCGCACAAAGACGGAGAAGACUGUGAGCUUGCAGGUUCUUCGGCAGUACUUUGCUGGUAGCCUGAAAGAUGCAGCAAAGAGCCUAGGAGUGUGCCCUACCACUCUGAAAAGAAUAUGCAGGACCCAUGGCAUAAACCGCUGGCCAUCCCGAAAGAUCAAGAAGGUAGACCAUUCUCUAAGAAAGCUGCAACAGAUCAUCGAUUCGGUUCAUGGAGGAGAGACGGCUUUCCAACUUAAUACCCUGUACAAGGAUCUCACAAACACCCCUGUAUCAUCUGAUAACAAUUUGUCAGCAAGCAUCACAGUUCCUCCAACUCAGCAGACCAAUCUUAACGAUUUUGAAAAGCACCAACACCACAGGCUAGGCAACAAUGUACCAUCAACCUCACACUCACAUUCAUCAUGCAGCCAAAGUUCUGAUUCAAGCCCGUCCUGCAGUGGUGGAGCAACACAACAUCAACCAUCGUAUGGGGUUGAUUUGAUGAAGUCUGGAAGUCCUAUGAAGCACAGCCCCGUCCCGACCCUGCAAACAGAAAAUGGCACAUUAAAUGGACAUUUCUCAGUUCAGGAGGCACCACGAGAUCUUUCUCAUAAUGGUAAUCAAGAGGCUAUAGGCGGACAGCAUUAUUCUCAGAGCCUAUCACCCCCCAAACAGAAUACGGAUGUAGAUAUGAGAGUAAAGGCCACAUUUGGCUCAGAAAAGGUCAGGUUCAGAUUGAAGCCUGAGUUAGGCUUUCAAGAACUGAAGCAGGAGAUGGCAAGACGUUUGGGUAUAGUAGACACAAGUUCUAUGAUUGUUAAGUACCUGGAUGAUGAUUCAGAGUGGGUCUUGAUGACAUGUGAUGCAGAUUUACAAGAGUGCCUUCAUGUAUAUAAACUAGCAAAUAUCCAAACUGUCAAAGUUUCAGUUCAUCUAGUUGCUAGCCCAGAAACAAGGGUCACUAUUGGUCACACUGGUUUGUCAUGAAGACACCAUAGGCCUCACAAGCUUGUCAGAUUUAAUUAGAAAUCUACGAAGAAGCAGUGCUUGGUUUUACCCCAGGGAAACCCAGAAAGAAUUCUUGGUACCGCAGGUUAUGUGCCAAGUAGCGUUACCACACCUAGUUAUGAUGAUGGAUUAACUUUUGAUUUGAUUCUGAGGUUAGGAGCUGCUGAUGACAUUAGAAUAUUUGACUAUGGGAAAGCCAGUUUUGAAAAUUAGGAUACACUGAAAAAAUCAUGCAUUGACUUGUAAAUACUCUCAUUGAUGCGCCCCAAACUCUGAACGACAGUCCAACUUGAUUAAGUUGAUAUGGUGAAAUAUAUCUAUGUAAGGUUUGCUCCAGAUACCUUUUGGUUCUUGGAAUGUUGAUGUGCAAUAAUCCUCAAUGGCCUGUGUCUGAUUACUGAUCAACUUCAGUGCUCCCUUCAGAGGAUAUUACAGCAUUCAACCCCUCAACCAAGUUACCAGCACCAACGCUUUCGAGUUAUUCAGCGUGCUUCAUCAUUCAAUGGGCAUGGAGCUCUGCUUUUCAAACAAAAAGUUCUGCAGUAAUUAUUCUGGAUUAGUUCUAGAUAUUGGAGGAUUAGGAUAUUUUGUUCAAUUUGUUUUUCCUCAAAAAGUUAAAUAUGUACGGUACACUCGUACCACAUGAAGUGUCUCUUGAGAAAGACAAUGUACAGACUACAUUUGUUUUCUUUAAGAAGUUCGAAAUUUAUCAACUA